AAGUGAGGUGAGCACAUGCCCAUGAGGCAGGGUCGGACGAACAGCUCAUACAUCUAUACAGGACCAUUCUGGAUACGAAGAUUUGCGGUCCGCCACGAUGGAUGUACAAAGAUUCAUGCAAGUGUUUGGCAGCAUGAUAUUGCACAGCACACCCCAUCUGUAUUUAUCAGCACUCUCGUUCUCGCUCGUCAACUCUACGAUGGCUACCAAAUUCACGGCUAGGUUUCCGAAUACCCUUCGUCUGGCAUCCGGCCGCGAUUUGAAGGUUGUUCAGGCCAUAAUCAGGGGUGACACUGACAGGGUUUUGUCAGUCUCGUUUUCACCGGAUGGUACUCGCAUCGCGUCUGGUUCAGAGGAUAACACCGUGCGGCUGUGGAAUGCAGCGACGGGACAGCCAUUGGGUGAGCACUUGAAGGGGCACACUAGCCCAGUUCAGUCAGUCUGGUUCUCACCGGAUGGUACUCGCAUCGCGUCUGGUUCGGAGGAUAACACCGUACGGCUUAUGAAAGUAUCGUCAUUCCACAAGUUCACAGAGUCGGAUACCUCUGCAUCUCCAUUGCAUCGAAGUAACGCGUCUCCUCCUCAAGAAUGUCGUAUUACCCCAACCAACACUUUUAACCAUCCCCCCAUUUCCUUCUCGCCCUGCCUGACACACGCCCUGCCCAAACCCACUGACUUGCUUGAACCCACCUUUAAUCAUCGUUCUAAUUCAACCCCUUUCUUGCUGCAGCCUGAUGGAUGGCUCAUGGGACCCAAACAUGAGCUCCUUUUCUGGGUACCUCCCGGGGCCGCUCCCCGACACCUGUUUUGUUCUCCUGACACUGCAAUGGUGAUUCCGAGAGGAAGCCUUGAGCUUGAUUUGAGCUGCAUGGCACAUGGGGCGCGCUGGUCGAGUUGCCGAGAUGCCUCCACGUAACGAUGAUUUUAUUGCUGCAAUAUUGAGCGUAGCCAUUUGAUUCUACAACUCCCUUGCUAUCAGACUGCAAUGCUGAUCCGUAGCGAAAACUUAUUUCAUCAGAGACGCACUGAGACAUCAUGCUGAUGUGUGACAGGUGCUUCGGUAUCAUCAUCAAUCUAGAUCGAAGUGUAUGUGAUGAAGC